AUGGCCAAACAUUCCCGCUUUCCAGGGUCGAAUGAGCCGCUACACAUCUUCCAGGACGAUUUAUUUGAUUCUGUUAUCACUUCUUCAGUACCAAUGACCAGCCACGCACCAAUGCCUACCGUCUCGAAACCUUCCCGGCGCCCUCUCGGCAGCUCGAGUUCGAACGUCGUCUUAAACCCCCCUAAUGCUAAUGCUCGGCGAGGCAAUCUAUCUCCUCACAAAACACGCUCAUCCUCUCCGAGAUCACCAGUCAAAUCUCCUGUAAAUAAGCUACAUGCAGUAUCGAUGGCUCCACCUCCCCUUGGAAAUCGCCAGGUGACCGAUUCGCUCCAGAAGAGGCCUUUCCUCUCUAAAUUCAAGACCGGACCACAAAAGCCCUCAGUUGAUUUAGGAAUGCACUUUGGCAAAGAGAACGUCCAUCCUCAUAUUUUUCCCGCCCCGCAACCUAUUAAUCUGUCGGUGGAAGACUACUAUCCAAAGCCAAACGGAAAACGAGGACUUUUAGACGCAGCACCCAUUAAUGCCGGCUUCAGACCGAACAAAAAGAUCAAGACCGAAGACCAAGCUCUACCGCCCUGGGAUUCUUUCCCUCCUAUUCACGAUGACGGCGCUAAGCCCCAGCACAGCUACGCCCAGCUUAUUGGAAUGGCCAUUCUCCGAUCCCCAAAUCGACGACUCACGCUGGCUCAGAUUUACAAGUGGAUUAGCGAUAAUUUCUCCUUUUACAAUCCUAACGACGCCGGUUGGCAAAACAGCAUUCGACAUAAUCUGAGCCUUCACAAGAACUUCAUCAAAAUCGAGCGGCCCAAGGAUGAUCCAGGAAAGGGAAACUACUGGGGCAUCGAAACUGGAACGGAGCAUCAAUUUCUCAAAGAGAAGCCAAGCCGAAAGUCGGCUCCGAGUGCUGAGAACCUUCCAGUGAUGUCUACAAGGCUCGAGCCCUCGAGGCUCACUCCAGCUCCUCCACCUCCUGAGCCCAGUCUCCCACCUCUGGGACUGAUGCCCCAGAUUCCCCUCCCGCAACUUCCUCAAACACAGCCUACAACCCAAGAGCUCUCUUCAGAUGCCACUAUUCCCGUGUCAGAUGGCUCUGUUCCUGAGGAAGUCGGCGACAAGGUUAUAGAAAAUGAAACCGCCUUGGAAAACUCGCUUUAUUCGCCUGGUCUCGGCCUUCUCAAUUCGUCUCCAUUGGCGAGAAGCUCACAGCUCCGAAGUGGAACUCCUCCUCCACCCGGAUCCCACCAAAACUCCGCCUCUCGCUCUCGCAAGAGGUCAAAGUUUGCUUCAAUGGACGACAGUGGAUACAUAUCCUCCCUUGAGUCAUCUGCUCUUAGACCGACUGAGCGAUCGUUCUUGAUGACCUCAGAAGCAGAUAAACCAAGGAGAAAGAAGCAACGCCUCGGGGGUUCAGGUCGCGCUGAGGAUGAAAUUGCUCGCUUGCGCAACUCGUCCCCCCAUAGCCCUACCAAGCGUCGUUCAAAGUCGGCUUUUGGCCCAAUCUCCUCAUCACCGCUUCGACAUGCACAAGAUAAUCAGAUGCUACCCCCUUUGACUCCGCUUGUGAAGAUCAAGGCCCCUGAACAGCCAGUGUCGGUAUCUCCUGCUACCAACCUUGCUCAACACCGCGACAGGAUGCGCACAUUACUGCAAUCCCCAUUGCGUAGAGUAACAGAAAUUGGCGACGAGGUGGGCGGCAUGGGAGUGAACACACCGUGCCGCUGGAGCCCCGCUUUCAAACUGGAAGACAGCCUCUACAACUUUGAUGACUUCAGUGUUGACACCCUGGGUGACUUCGGCGACUUCAACACAUUCAACGAUAAUACCUUCGGGCUUACAAGCACUGUCUCAGGGAAUGGGUCACCACUCAAGCGGUCUGCCAAGAGAAAACCCCUUGAGCGCGCUGCAACCACGUCUGUCCUCGGCAGCCUCACAGGAUCGGCCGCCAAGAAACCAAUCACCUCUGCUCCAUUUCUCAAAGUCCCCGACACCCCCAUGCAAUUCCUGGAAACACCAAGCAAGGCAUUUGAGGGAAUGAGCUCUCCUUCCAAAUUUUUUCAACAAUCUCCCUGCAAGGGCGCCUCGCCAUCCAAAUUCGAUGCAAUGCUCGAAAUGGUGGGCGACAACGACUGGCCUCAUCUUGUGCUGGAUAACAGCCAAUUUAUGCCUGCACCGAGCUCAAACCCCAUGUCAGACUUCACCGGCCUUGAUAUUCUACAAGGCUUCGAGAAAAUCGGGUCUGGCAACGGCAAUGGUUCCCAGGCAGCAAAGUCUAAGGGAGGCAAGCCUGGCCUCGGCCGCAGCUUUUCCACCACCUUUUAA